GAUAUGAAAACCUCAUGUUGGAUUGUUUAUGAUUUAAUUUUGUUUCCAUUUAAAUUGUUUAAAUUGUUAUUAUGCUUUUUGGACGGUGUUUCCGUCCAUCCUUGGUUAGGGGAGCAGUUAAAUGUCUAAUCAAUAAAAGUGUUUCCUGUUCUUCUGUAACUGUGAUACAAAACAAUCAAUUACCAAUUGUUGAAGCUCAUCAAUUGGAUAAACAAAAAAUUAUGGAUCAGUUGAUGAAGCAAAUUAAUGAUGACGAUUUAAUAAUUUAUGAUAAACGUUUAGAUGUUGAUAUGUCUCCUUUUUCCGAGAAUGUUGAUCUUGAUUAUCUAGACGAUCUGAUGCCUCCUCUUACGAAUACCUUCAAUUUAGCUCAUUACAUUAACCGAAUGCCGACUCUUCAACGUUUAGUUGAUCUUGGUGUUAAUCUUUAUGUUCUUGAACAAGAUCGUGAAAUUGCUCAAUAUUUGAUUCGAUUGGAUUUUGAAAGAGAUGUUAAGAAUCAUUUGAUAUUCUUGAAAAGAAUCGGUAUAACAGAUGAUGAACUUGGUACUUGGAUUACAUGUAAUCCUCUCAUUUUCCGUGAAACAAUUGAAAAUUUAAAAAUUAGAUUAGAAUAUUUGAAGAGUAAAAAAUUCACCAAAGAAAUGGUCGAAUUGAUUCUUAGACGUUAUCCUCUUUUCCUUAAUUUCUCAAUCAAGAGAAUCGAUGCUUCCCUGGGCUGUUUACAAAGAGAAUUCAAACUAACCGGAGAUGAUGUUAGAUCGAUUGUUUCAAAUAGCCCGAAAGUUGUUCACUUUUCUCAUAUUAGAUUCAAAGAAAUCUCUUUCGUUACCAACUAUAUAAUGGAAUUAACUGAUGAUCAAACACGACAAGUGAUUGUUGGAGCUCCAUCGGCAAUUUACCGAGGUCGAAAUCAGCUGGAAAAAGCGUUUGACCUUUUACAUUGGAAAAAUGGUUAUUCCAAGGAACUGAUUGUGAAAACACCACAAUGUUUAAGUCAAAUUAAAUCUAUGGUGGCUCGAAUUAAUUAUCUUAAAUCAUUGAAUCUUUUCCAACCCGAUCCGACAAAACCUUGUUUCACUGCUUUGGAAUAUCUUUGUUCAUAUAAUCUUAGUAGUUUCGUUGAAAAAUGUUCACAUACUAGUGUAUUAGAUUUCAAUAAAUACCUCAAGUCAUUGUAAAUUGUAAAACACGUUUAUAUGAAAAUAAAUUACCAUUGUCAUUUAUUGACAAAACAGCAUUUAUUAUCGAA